AAACCCUAGAGGAGACACAAACGAAAAGCCUAAAACCCUCUUAUUGCCAAAACCCUAAACCCAAAUUCCCCGUCAAGCUUUGAACAACAAUCAAAUGGCUUUGUAUUCCAUGCUCCGCAGAACUUCCUCUUCCAUACUUCCUCUCGCGAUCCGAUCCUUCGGAUCACCUAGGCCCUUCCAUGGCGUAAUCUCCACCGUUCUCUCAGCCAGAAAGGGCGAACUGGCCAGCGCGCUCUGCCGGCGAAGUUUCGUCCCGUAUCUGCGCUUCUCCACCGCCACUUCUACGAAACCUAGCAGCGAUGAGAGCCUUAUUCGUGUCCUCCACUCCGAGAUCGAAUGCGCCCAGGAAGAAGCUCACGAAAAUGUGGAAGAGGUCCCAGAUAAUUUCCCCUUUAAGAUUGAAGACACACCUGGAGAAAGAACUAUAUUGCUUACAAGAAACUAUGGAGAUGAAAUCAUUAAGGUUCAAGUUGACAUCCCUCAACCUGGAGUCGGGGAGGAGGAGGAGGAGGAUGGCAAUGAUGCAGAAGCUAGUGUUGAUUCUAGCAUUCCCUUGGUCGUGAUUAUAACCAAAGGAAAUGGAUUGUCUCUGGAGUUUGGUGUCACCGCUUUACCUGAUGAGAUUUGCAUUGAUAGCUUGACGGUUAAGCAACCAGAAGGUUCUGAAGAUGAGCUUGCCUAUGAAGGACCUGAUUUUAAUGAUCUGGAUGAGAACUUGCAGAAGGCUUUCCACAAAUAUCUUGAGAUUCGAGGGAUCAAACCCAGCACAACCAACUUCUUGCACGAGUAUAUGGGCAAGAAAGAAACCAAAGAGUACCUUAUGUGGCUAAAGAACAUCAAGGAUUUUAUUGAGAAGUGAAUUCAUUGAAAAUCCUGCUAAAAAUGUUUUGGUUUUGGGAGGGUGGUAGACCCUACUUUUUCAGAUUUCGUCUGCUGUAUUCGUAGCUUGUUUAGCUGAGGAAAGAUUACCUAUAAAUUCUGAGAAACAAUCUCAGGUCAAGUGAAUUUAAUCCUCUGAAAUGUUAUAGAGGGAGUUUUUC